UUGGCAUUAAUGACAAAGUAUUGCAGCCUAGUGGUGCAAUGGACUGGGGCCAGCUAUGUUAUUAUUUAGUGCAGGUGGGUGACAUCAGUGUGGAGGAAACAACCGCCUUGCAGGAGAGUGGAGGGGGACUCCGCUGACGUCCUCUGAAUCUCUCUCAAGGAGAAACGCGCAUAUCGACAAAAACAAGUAGGGUGCAGAGAAUCCUCGCUGAUAGCUUUCAUAGAAAGCUUUAGUUGUUUUGUUGGCUGCAUCAAACGUAUCUACAGACGCGCGUGUUAUUGCAGUCUCGAUGUGCUCGUGCUCCAUCAUCCGUGACACUGGAUAUACAGCCGUAGAAACAUCAACACUGUGAAGGUGAUGAAGCUGGUAGAGAAAUGGUCAGAACCGAGAGACUAUUUGAGAAGAUAUGCAUGCACUUGAGGUGUGAGGGAGACUGAGCACGGGUGGGUAAUGUAGCGAUUAUCAUGCGACUUCGCCCGGGGUGCCGCGCUGAACCGUAUCGGGACCGGCGGCGGAUGGGGUAACUGGCCCGCGGGGGACGACCACGUCGUGGGCCGCCGCCGCCACCACAUCCUAAACCGCCCCUGGCUAUCCCCGGGGUGUGUGGGACGGAGAAAAGAUGCCGGACGCCACGGUAGAUGCAGAAGAGCCCAUUCUGAACGGGGCUGGGCGGGAAGAGGCGACUUUCAUAUAAAAACAUAUUUAGUCACAAUAUUCAACGAUAUCCAAGGUGGAAGGUUUACUUUACAUAAUCAAGAUGAGAGAUUUUUGCUGUAUAUAAAAUAUUAAUGUGGUACGUAGCAUGCAGGCAAUAUAGAAAUAUGUAUUAUUAAGACAUUCUUAUUUUAUUGUCUACCUAGUGUGAUUAUUUCCUGUCUUUUCUCUCCGAUCUUGACAGUGUGGUUCCCUUGGGGCUGUUGUUUUACUCGUUCACUUGGCAGUGUCUCUUCCCUUCACUCUCCCUGAGUCUCUGUGCUGCCACUUUAUUUAGCUUUCGCCCUUUAACAUCCGUCAUGCUCUUCAGUCUGAGAGAUGUUGUCCCACCGGUCCAAUAUCUGAUCAAAAGAGCAGCAUCCAGUGAAGCAGUCUUUAGCUUCCUCUUUGUGUCGAGAGUCUCACUGGAAGUGUCUUCUUCUCACUCUGCUCAUGUUCGGCUGUUUCGGCACACUGACCUGGUGCAAGCUGUGCAAGGUUCCAGCGCCAGCUCCAACAGAGCCGGAAGCUGCCGUUGUUGAACCUGGAGACCCCUUUACAACCUCAGCUAGCGCCAGUAUCUACAUCCCAGAUGAACUGGGUUUCGAUGGUCCCUGUUCCAGUGGCUACAUUUAUAUUCCUCUUGCCUUUCUGGCAAUGCUGUACGUGGUCUACCUGGUUGAAUGCUGGCACUGUUAUUCAAAGACAGCCAUGUUGGCUCAAGCAGAAGUUGCAGAAGUGUACGAGCGUGUGCAGAGGCUGCAGCAGGCUACGCCCUGCAUCUGGUGGAAAGCCAUCAGUUACCACUACGUGCGACGGACCAGACAGGUGACACGCUAUCGCAAUGGGGACGCCUAUACCAGCACGCAAGUGUAUCAUGAACGUGUGAACACGCACGCUGCAGGCUCGGAGUUCGACUAUUCGCGGUAUGGCGUUAAAGAUGUUUCAAAGGAACUAAGGGGAUUAUUGGAUCACCCAGCUGUACGGCUGCGCUUCACCAAAUGCUUUAGUUUCGCCAGUGCUCGGGCAGAGGCUGCCUACCUCACCCAACGUGCACGAUUUUUUGGUGAAAACGAAGGGCUGGAUGACUACAUGGAGGCCCGUGAAGGUAUGCAUUUAAAGAAUGUAGACUUUCGUGAGCACAUUUUAGCCUUCCCUGACCCAGCCAGGCAGCCUUGGUAUGCCAGAAGUAAAAUUUUCUGGCUGGCCUCCGCUCUGCUCCUGUCCUGGCCGCUGCGCGUUGUUGCGGAGUAUCGCACUGCAUACGUGCACUACCAUGUGGAGAAACUGUUUGGUGACACUGAUGAAAACAGUAGGGGGGACAUAACUGAGAGCGGUAGGGGUAACGAGAAUGGAAACGGAGGAGGGAGCAUUGGGUCAAGCUAUCGUGCCAUUUCUCGUGUUAACACAGUGGACAUGACCGAGCUGGAGUGGCACAUUCGCUGCAACCAGCAGAUGGUUCCCAGCUACUCCGAGGCUCUUCUGAUGGAUCCUGGUUCAGGUGCCACUCAGGGAACCAGCACUCCUCCGGCCGGACAAGGGACUAACUCCACGACGGGUGGUCCCACGCUUCCAGUGGCUUUUGCCUCAGCUUACUUGCUUCAGAGCUGUCCUCGCUGCCGCCGUACCACAAGCAGUGCUUCCCUUCCUUCCAGACUGAGAGGCCCAACAGCAGCUCUGCUAAAUGGAACGAUGGCCGGGAUGAGGGCUAUUGGGUCGGGAGGGGGUCCUGGUGUCCCAGGGAGGCUGGUUCUGAGCAGAAGUGGCUUCUCAUUGGGACGGCUUCAGGCUCCUCGUCCAUCGUCCCUCUUCCACUCCCGCAGUGUAGGUGGAGGACUAGCAACAAGAGGAGACGAGGGAAGCGGAGGAGGCUUUUUACAUUUGAGUUCCAGACAGGAUGAAGAGAGCAGAAGAGUUCUGGAGGGAGAGGAGGACGAGGAGGUGGGACAUGAGAUGCAAAGAGAGGAAGAAGAGGAGAGAGAAGGGGAGCAAAGUGAGCAACAGGAGGAGGUAGAAGAAGAGGAAUCAAGGGAAGGAGACAGGCCUCCUACAUAUCAGGAUGCUUUCUUCUUUCCUGUGUUAAUAGUUCAUGGAGAGGAGAGUUGCCAUUCAGGCGGUGACAUUUCCUGAAGAAGAAUGCCUAAACCACAGUACAAAGGAAUGUUAAAAUAAAAAACCGUAAUGGCCAAAUAAUUAAGGAAACAUGGACUGAAUUUGAGGAAUUAACUGAUGAACGAAGAUUUCUUUUUAACAAAAAGCAAUGUUAAACUUAUAAAUUCUAUGCAAUAAAGUAAAAGUGAUUUUAAACACAAGGACAAACAUAACAGAUGAGGCAAGAACGUCAUACUGCACAUCGUCUGAUCUUACUCUAUAGAAGUCUUCCAAACUGACUGGGAACGAAAUUCAAGGAAAAAUAUAAACUAUGGGGAAUGUUAUUAUUCUACCCAUACACAGUUAUAUUUGGAUUUGUCCGGCUAGUCGGUAAAAUAAGUUUUUGUUUCUCCAAACCAACCAGGAGAAGAGCCUCAUUAAAAUAUUAAUUGGGAUUUGCCUUCUAGAAGUAUUUCUCCAUGAAAAUUGGUUCAUUUGAUUGGUAUCCCAGGUUGCAUCUUUUAUUCCAUACAAAAAAGCAUCUUGGAAAAUCUGAUGGAUGCCAUUAUUAUUUCAGGGAGUUCAGUUAUGUUAAGCUAUUUUCAAUUUUUGCCGAUUCAGUGAGUCAUUUCUUACUCAGGAUCAGAAGCCAAGUCUCUAAAAUGUAUAGUUUGCCAGUCAGUUGUUUAUUUGUACAACAGCACAUCACCAAUUUUGCCUCAUGAAGUGCUUGACUCACAAAAGCACAUAAAUAACAGUUUAGCAUGUUGCCCUCCAUCUAGCCUCUGUGCUUGUCUUUGAUUGGCUCAAGUGUAUAAAUAGUAGUGUAAGCACAUUGCAAAAUACACAUCUGAAUGUGUUUAAAGAUUAGAAAAUGUACACAAAUCUUCCUAGUUGUCGUAUUUUUAAGCUUUAAAUGUAAACAGAUGUUCACAAAUACACAAGCCACAUACAAACUCUCAGUCCUAACAUAAAGCAUGCAGUCAUGGUCGCUCAAUUAUCCUUAAGCAGAGCAGAUAAAUGUUGCAACUGCAGUGUUAAAAAAACACCUUUAAGAUAAAGAAAUCGUUGUU